AUGCUCCGCCUCCGGGGCUGCAUCCUCCCCCGCCUCCUCUCACCUCCCGCCACCCCCCUCCACCGCCUCCUCUCCGCGGCCGUUUCUCCGAGCCCUCCUAGCUUCGCCGUGGAGGAGUACCUCGUCGCCACCUGCGGCCUCACCCCAGCGCAGGCCCGCAAGGCCUCCCCCAAGCUCUCCCACCUCAAGUCCCCAGCCAACCCCGACGCCGUCCUCGCCUUCCUCGCCGGCCUUGGCCUCUCCGGCGCCGACCUCGCCACCGCCAUCCGCAAGGAUCCCAGGUUGCUCUGCGCGGGCGUGGAGACAACCCUGGCCCCCAAUGUCGCGGAGCUCACCGGCCUGGGUCUCUCGCGUUCUGAGAUCGCGCGCCUCGUCUCGAUCACCGGCACCAGUUUCCGCUGCAAAUCCAUCGUCUCUGGACUGCACUACUGCUUGCCCCUCUUCGGCUCCUCAGAGAACCUCCUUCGGGCCCUAAAGAGUGGCUCCAUUCUCUCGUCCGACCUCGAGCGAGUGGUCAAGCCCAAUGUCGCCUUCCUGCGGGAGUGUGGCCUGGCUACUUGUGAUAUUGCCAGGCUCUGCAUACCUAUGCCAUCGCUGCUCAGCAUCAGCACGGAACGCAUCCAGACAGCAGUGGCGUGCGUCGAAGGUCUUGGUGUACCCCGUGGAUCUCCAAUGUUCAGACAUGCACUACAAGCUGUUGCAUUCCUCAGCCAGGAGAAAAUCACCGCCAAAGUGGAGCACUUGAAGAAAGCGUUCAGGUGGUCGGAUGCCGAGGUGGGCAUUGCCGUUUCUAAGGCUCCAACGUUGCUGACGAGGACCAAGGAAUCGCUGCGGCGCAGGUCUGAGUUCCUCAUCUAUGAGGUGUGGUUGGAACCGGCAUAUAUUGCUUAUCGUCCGGCAAUGCUCACUUACAGCUUGGAGGGCCGGCUCAGGCCCCGGUACUACGUCGUCAGAUUUCUCAAGGAAAAUGGAUUGCUAGAUCACGACCGGGAUUACUAUGCUGCAGUCAUGAUCAGCGAGAAGGUAUUCGUCCAGAAGUUUAUAUGCCCUCAUAAGGAUGCUGCACCGCAUCUCGCUCAAGAUUAUGCAACAGCUUGCAGAGGGGAGGUUCCAGCUAGAUUCAGUUUUACAUGAACCAAGACUAAUAAGAAAAUUGGUAUGUUCAUUAUGUCAUUCGGUAGAGAAGAAAAAGCAUUGCACUGCUAUGAACUUGUCCUUCCUCGUGUUGUCAUAUUGCACACAUCUUGGAACUAGGAGAGUAUGAGAUCAGGGCAUUCUGCCAAUUUCUUUGAAGUAUCAAUGAGUAGUAUUUCUGCACACUCUGUAUCUUUGUGUUCUAAAAUGGCCAUUGCAGUUUUCAAUGCAAUCCUCCAUCUGCCUUUCAUGAAAAAAUGUUCUUAUUUUGGCCAUGAAGAUGACAUGAAGUCUCGAAAUUCCUGGGAGUAGUGUUUCUGUUUCUGACUAGUAGUUUGUAUCAGCUUUCGUUUAUUUAUCUCUUGUAGUUUUGGAUGGCCUUCUGAGUGAUACUUUUCUAGGGGAAUCUGAUCUCGAAACUGAAUAGUUGAGUAGUAGGCUAGUUGCAUUUUUGUUGAAAGCCUACUUGUAUAUCACUAUGUAAACAGAAAUUUCUAAUGCCCUGGUAUUUGUACUGGAGAAGCAAAUUGAUGCUUGUAUUGCAUAGUGCUGAAAAACAGAGGACAUACUUAAGUUAUGGUAACCUUAAAAAGGGUUAUGGCAUUACCAUGUAAAUUUCUGCUAUAUCUUUUAGCUAAUUUUAUUAUUCCGUAAUCGCACUAUCUAUAUUGAUCGCGAGGGCACAUUUAUCCCUUAGCAUAUUUGUUUAGUGUAGUAUAGUGGGUCUUGUGUACCGUCUUUUUUGUAAAUUUCUAUCUAGAAAGUCAGUAGGAAAAGGGAAAAGGCCGGAUGGGACCAUGUAGUCUGGAAUCUUGCAGAAUUUCAAAUAUAGGAAUUACUACGUACCUCAGUCUACGAAGCAACCUGUGAGGAUGGUGCACAUUUGUUUGUCCCUGAUGUGAGGCUGUGGAAGUUGGAAGAAAUGUGAUCUCUGGUGUGUGCGUGCAGUAAGGCAAAGGAGUGGUCCAUGCUAUACUGGCCAAGAGAUGUGAUUUGAAGAUCAUCUGCGUGUCCCUUUCUGUUGUGCUUGUUGAAAUUAUAGAAACAAGAUGAAUGAAAUGCAGGCGAGGGGAACAGGUUGAUCAAUGAAGCAGGUGAGAAGACGUGGAGGUUUUCUCAAGCAAAAAGUGGCUGCUCCACAGGAGCAUACUGAUUUACUGAAUGUGGAUUGUGCAUAUCUCCGAGUUGGGACUGGAACCAGCAUACAUUGCUCACCGACUAAUAAUGCUCACUUACAGUCUAGAGGGCCGGUUCAGGCCCCGGUACUACGUCGUCAGAUUUCUCAAGGAAAAUGGAUUGCUAGAUCACGACCGGGACUACUAUGCUGCAGUCAUGAUCAGCGAGGAGGUAUUCGUCGAGAAGUUCAUAUGCCCUCAUAAGGAUGCUGCAUCGCAUCUCGCUCAAGAUUAUGCAACAGCUUGCAGAGGGGAGGUUCCAGCUAGAUUCAGUUUUUACAUGAACCAAGACUAAUAAGAAAAUUGGUAUGUUCAUUAUGUCAUUCGGUAGAGAAGAAAGCAUUGCACUUCUAUGAACUUGUCCUUCCUCGUGUUGUCGUAUUGCACACA